AUGCGCAGUCAGUCAGGUCCCGCUGCCAUUCGGCCCCGCCCUCAGAGACACCGAGCUCCGAGAGCCGCUGCCGUGCUGAAAAUCUGGGGUCGUGGACCCCGGCCAAGACUCAGCAGCACGGAGGUGCCGGGUGUCGCCGAGGGCGCGGGGCCGGGCUCCGGAGGCGGCGUGCCCUGCCCCGGGGCCCCCGCCCCUGCUGCAGCCGCGGCCCUGGCUGCUGCCCCCAUCGCGGCCCCGGCCUCUCAGUUCACUCUGCUGGUGAUGCACCCAUGUGGAGGGCAGGACGAGGCCUCCGCGGAGAGCGUCCUGCGGCAGGCCCCGCUCCCGUCGGGCAGCGUCGGAGUGGGACAGCGGGUUGGGUACCCGUGUGAAGUGUCAGGGGAUGCUGAGGAGGACGCAGGGGAGGAUGAAGCGGACCUGUUGGACACUUCGGACCCCCCAGGGGGAGGCGAGAGCACAGCCAGCUUGGAGGAUCUGGAGGACGAGGAGACACACUCAGGGGGCGAGAGCUGCAGCGGGGGAACCCGGAGACGGGGCAGCGGCGGGGGCAACAUGAGCAAGACUUGUACCUACGAGGGCUGCAAUGAGACCACGAGCCAAGUGGCCAAACAGCGGAAGCCGUGGAUGUGCAAGAAACACCGCAACAAGAUGUACAAGGACAAGUACAAAAAGAAGAAAAGCGACCAGGCCCUGAAUUGUGGUGGGGCCACCUCAUCUGGCAGCGCGGGAAACGUCAAACUGGAGGAAAGUCCAGACAAUAUACUCUCUAUUGUCAAACAAAGAACAGGAUCUUUUGGGGAUCGUCCUGCAAGACCUACUCUUUUAGAACAAGUGUUAAAUCAGAAAAGACUGUCAUUACUAAGAAGUCCAGAAGUAGUGCAGUUUUUGCAGAAGCAGCAGCAGCUAUUAAAUCAACAAGUUUUGGAGCAAAGACAGCAGCAGUUUCCAGGAGCAUCUGUGUGAGGAAACUUAUCAGGAUCCUCAACAUGUUUUUCUCUUACUGUAAUAGAUGAACAUAUUUUUAUACUAAAGAUAAUUGGGUAAGAUAUGCCAGUAGAAUAUAAACAUUUUCCUGUAAAUGUAUGUGUGCAUUUGGGGAUAAAUAAGUACUGCACUUUUUGCAUCCUUUCAGAUGAACAUGAGUUUGAAAAUAUCAGUUUAUCUCCCCAGAGUAGCAUUUAAUCAAAAGUUUUUCUAAAAGUAUGUUCCACUUCAGUCAUUGUUACUGAAGAUAAUGAAGCCAGUUACUUUCUGUGCAAGUCAUGAAGUUAACAGGUAAUAAUCUUGGAAUAUCUAACUCUGUGGUUCUCAUCAAAAGGUAGUUGGACAUAUGUUUUUUAGGUUGUCAUAGUGGACUUAAAUUGCUGGUUUUUAGUGAGUGGGCCAAGAAUGCUGAAUGUUUUGCAGUGUCUGGAUAGUCCCACACAACUAAAAAUUAUCUUACCAGCAAUGCUAAUGAUGUUUCUCUUAAGAAACACUUAAGAUAGCUAGUUGUAAAGAUAUGAUGUAGUUAGAGCACCUAGAAUUGGGUUCUGACAAUAAUCUUUCUUUGCAGUUAAGAUUGGAGCUGACAGAGAGGUAAGCAUGUUUUAUACGUCUAAGGAAAGUUAUCAUUGAUCAUUAUUUGUCUGUGCAAUUAAGAGAUAUGCUGGUGGGCUGGGGUUGUGGCUCAGCGGUAGAACACUUGCCUAGCACGUGCAAGGCCCUGGGUUCGAUCCUCAACACCACAUAAAAAUACAUAAACAAAAUAACGGUAUUGUGUACAACUAAAAAAUAAACAUUUAAAAAAAAAAAAAAGAGAUGUGCUGGUAAAACCUACAUGAAAGAUUCAAGUAUGCCAGAAUGAAUGCAUCUCCUAAAGUUCGCUUCUCACUUUUCUGUUACCUAUUAGUGUUGCUCUCCCAUUAGACAAGACCCUUUUAUGAAAUGGAAAGGUAGUACAGAUACAGUAGGGGCUGGGGAUGUGGCUCAAAUGGUAGUGCACUCGCCUGGCACGCGUGAGGCACUGGGUUCAAUCCUCAGCAUCACAUAAAAAUAAAAGAUAUUGUCUCCACCCAAAACUAAAAAAUAAAUAAAAAUUUAAAAAAAUUGUUUUUAAAAAAGUGAUACAGUACAAGUAAGUGAAAGUUAUUUAAUAACUUAUGUGUUGAAUUUAUGCAUAGUAUAGAUAUAUCUCAGCCCAAUGCCGGGACAAACAAAUCUUAAUAUUUAUUUUUCAUUAAGAAAAUGAAAAAAGAGAUUCUUUUCAAAAAGAAGAAUCUAAAAAUAACAGCACUUCAACAUUUCAUCAAUGGUUUUUGAUGUUUAGCUAUUUUAAGACUGUGUUUUAAGACUGUGUUAUUCCUAAGUACUAUUAAAGAAUGAUGGGUAAUCUGAACACUUUUUUUUUUUUUUGUAUUUUCUCCUAGGAAAACUUUGAAAAGGCAAAGCUACCAAUAAAAAUAACAAAUCAAAUAUCAAGAGAUAUUAGAAUAAUAAAUAUAUGUGUCCCAAGAUGAACUUGCAAAAAUUUGUUAGUUUCUUGUUUUUUAACUCUGAGAUAUAUAUUAUGUUAAAGUUAGUCAUAGCUGUUCUAAGAAGCACUCAUGGGGAGAAAGAAUGUUUUUCUUCAUUUUUAUGUAUGUUUUCUACUUAAAUAUCUGCAGAAACACUUUUGCCAAAAUUAUUAAAGUUCAGUUGUUGACUUUUUCA